AUCGAUUUUAUUAUGUCGAAACACCUAAUCUUAUCGGAACAAAGCGCAUAACGUAAUAAUUAGAGAACAGUGAGAACACAAAGUUAAAACAUCGAUCGGUUGGUCGGUCGAUCAGGUUGAUUGUUGGAUUGGCGGCACCUUUCUUUUAGAGGAACACCAGACAGCGCCCAUUUGACUAAAAUGCGUCACCCGCAGGAUGAACCACAAUUUAUGUCGCUGGAAGAUGAAAGCUAUGCCGCCUGCCUCACCGAGGAUAUGCAGCUAUUUGGCCAACUGAAUGCGCUGCAAGUGGAUACAGACUUUGAGCUCGUCGAGCUGGUACAGACACCAUCAACGUCACCGUCACCGUCACACUCUCCGGCGAAACAAGUGAAAGGGAAGCGUGCAUCAGUAACGAAGCGACAAAGGAUUAACGUGUGUGAUGUGUGCGAGAGGUGUUUCAGUGACGCAUAUACCCUACGCAUACACAAGAUGACGCACACGGAUGAGAAGCCGCACGUUUGCAGUGUGUGUGGCAAGGGAUUUCGGCAGUUGAAUAAAUUGCGCAUGCAUUCCGUUAUCCACACAGAUGAGCGGCCACAUGAAUGUGACAUUUGUGGCAAGGGUUUUCGCUUUGCCAACUAUUUGUUGGUGCAUCGACGUCUGCACACGGGAGAGAAGCCGUAUUCAUGCACCGUGGCCAGUUGCAACAUGUGCUUUCAUUCCAUUCACGCACGACGCAUGCACGUCAAGCUGCAGCAUGUGAGCAGUAAGAGAGACGACAAGGAGGAGGAGCAGUUGAAUGAGAGAGAGAGACAGCAGGAGACAGCGACAUCAACUGCCUCUCUCAGCUACACUUGUCCCAUUUGUGGACGCGUUCUAACGGAUCAAUGCUAUUUAAAUACGCAUCUGAAGCGUCAUUAUAAUCAACGGGACUUCCCCUGUACGCAUCCGCAGUGUGGGAAACGUUUCUUUAGCUCCUCGGAGCUGAAUCAUCAUCAAAUUGCCCACACACAAAUUCGUCCCUUUCGUUGCUCCUUUUGCUCGUCCUGCUUUCUACGCAAAUCGAAUUAUAAACAACAUUUAAAGCUCCACAAAUAGAAUAGACAGCCGGGUUUUAUUUUUUAAAAUAUAAGGUUUAUUUAAAUAUACGAUUUAUACAUAGAA